UCCCAUGAUAAUUCUCAAAGACUUUACCUUUUGUGACAACAGCCCGAUUUACACGCCGAAUGCUCCUGCAACUACACUAGUCUCCUUCUGUUUCUGUUUCUUCUUCUCAUACUCCCAACUUCCUCUCUGUUUAACACCCACCGCCACCACCUCCUUGUAAAUAUCUCCGCAUCAUUUUCUUCUUCUUCUUCUUCUUCUUGUUCUUGUUACCUUCGCCUGUUCCUGUUAAAAGCAUUGUGUUUGUUGCUCGAGAAAAUCGAUAUAUAUAUAUUUUUUCCUUUGGUAGUCUUUUUUCUUUUCUUUUUUAAAUUGUUGUCUUCAAAAGUUGGCGACUUUUUCGUGGUGACUGUUUUUGUUAGCUGCCGUCCUCCGUCGGUGGCGGUGGCAGUGGUCCUGGGACUCUCCGAUGGGGGUUGUUACGCCCUCGACGAAUCAACGGUCAUCUUGGUUCAGUCCGAUAUGGCAUUGGCCUUCGGGCUUGCUUCUGGUGGCUUUGGUUUUGAUUGGUACGGUCACUUUUUGGAGAAUCGAUGGCACCAUUGUUAGAAAUUACAUUGAGGCUCGAGGAUUCCCUCGCUAUGAUAUUCGUUCAUCAAAUGUCUCCCGAACCUAUCAAAAUUCGACCUGUAAAUCCCCACUUGUUCCACUUAGUUCGAACCAAAACCAUACAAAUUCAACUCUUUUUGCUCCCAUUGAACCAGUUCCUUUCAAGAAUUCCACUUUGGUGUCUGAAAUAAUUAGUGAGAACCCGAUUCAGAACGUGGUUCAGCAAAGUCCGAGUUGGAUUUCUUCUGAAUUAGAACCCAACUUGACUUCAAAUCUUCUUGCUCGAUGGUUGGCUCCUGGAGGAGAACCUUGUAGAGAUUCUUACACUACACAGAUUGCUAUUUCUGGUUUGGAUAAUGGGAAAGAGAUAGAACUUUCAGCUGGUGAAGUUCAUCAAUUUACUUUCCAAGCAUUGGAUGAGGCUGGAAAUCCUCGUUGCUUAGGUGGGGAUUACUUUGAAACUGAUCUUUCAGGAGAACAGUGGAAAUCUCGGCCUUUAGUGAGAGAUUUCAGCAAUGGGACUUACUCAAUUUCGCUCCAAGUUCAUCCAGACUUCGAAGGUUUGUACAAUCUCACCAUCAUUCUGCUUUACAGACACUUCGAAGGCCUCAAAUUCACCCCUUGGAAAUUUGUAUACGAUCGAGUGCUUCGAAAUAUCCCAGUCAGAUUCAUCAGAACUGUUGAUUUACCAGAAUUACAGACUUGUAAAUCUUCUGAUUUUACCAGAGAUGUGUGGUGUGGAAGAUGGAUUAGGCUUGGAAAAAAUGAUGAUUGUGAAAUAAGUAAUGAUGGUAGAUUUAGAUGCUUAGCUCCGGAUUUCCCUUGUAAAUCUCCGUGGUGUGAUGGUUCUUUGGGGGUUCUGGAGAGUAAUGGAUGGGUUUAUUCCACGCAUUGUUCAUUCAAACUGUUCUCGGCUGAUUCUGCUUGGAAUUGCUUGAAGAAUCGGUGGAUCUUCUUCUGGGGUGACUCAAAUCAUGUUGACACAAUACGUAACAUGCUCAAUUUCAUCUUAGACUUGCCUGAAGUACAUGCUGUACCCAGAAGAUUUGACAUGAACUUCUCAAACCCGAAAGACCCAUCUCAAACAGUUAGGAUCACUAGCAUCUUCAAUGGCCACUGGAAUGAAACAAAGAACUAUGAAGGUCUAGAUUCUCUAAGAAACAAAGGGUUUCAAGACCUGCUCAAGAAUUACUUCUCAGAACCCACAGUUCCAGACACCAUGAUAAUCAACUCUGGCCUGCAUGAUGGUGUUCACUGGGCUAGCAUCAGAUCAUUCUCAAAAGGAGCAGAUUAUGCAGCAUCAUUCUGGAAAGAAGUUAUGACCUCAGUGAAGCAAAGAGGGUUGGCUUGGCCAAGAGUGUUUUACAGAAGCACAGUCGCUACAGGUGGGUAUGCAAGAUCACUGGCCUAUAAUCCUAGCAAGAUGGAGGUCUUCAAUGGCAUAUUGUUGGAGAAGUUGAAGCAAGCUGGGGUGGUUUCUGGUGUGAUUGAUAACUUUGAUCUCACAUAUCCAUGGCAUUUUGAUAAUCGUUGUAAUGAUGGAGUUCAUUAUGGAAGAGCUCCAUUGAAGAUGAAGUGGCGAGAUGGCCAAAUUGGGCACCAAUAUUUUGUGGAUCUCAUGUUAGCUCAUGUUCUGCUGAAUGCAAUCUGUGUAAGAUAGGCAAGGCAUGUUCAUAUCAUAUACUGUAUUUUUGCCUUUUUAAUCACAUCAUAGGCAUGUUUCAUUCUUACUAUCUGAAUUAUCUCAGGUGGCUUAUAUUGUUUACAUACAUAGCAUUGUCAGUAAUUGUUGUUACAUGAGGUUAGGAUUUAGCAUACUUUCUUGUUUAUCACGUAUGUGUCAGAGUAUAUGUACGAGGUUGCUUCA